AUGGAUAUUGGUCUAAUGUAUGGGGUUAUUUUGUCGUCACAAUACACACAGGUCUGGGUUAUUCCAGAAACAAAUGAGGUGUUCACGAUGUAUGAGCAGUUCCUUCAUAGGAUGAACUUUUACAAACAGAGACGAUUCAUCUGCGAAAUAACGGGUCACUCCUCCCUUACCUUUUUCGAGGCUUUGAGGAGUGAAGCGGACGGUUCGCGCGAAGUGAACAGCGCAUUUCCGGAACCUCUGAAGGAACCUGUGUUGCGCAAAGUCCAAUUUUCCACUAUAUCGCGCAUUGACAGUCUUGUCGACCAAGUUUUCGAAGACUUCAAGCAAGAUUUCUACCCUGGCGAACGCGUUACCGUCCUCCUCACCAACGGAUCCCGCCUCCAGGGCAUAGUUCGGGAAAAAGCCCGGUUUCCUGAAUUGGUCAAUGAAGAUGGUACGAUAGAGCGAAGAGCGUCAUCGAGAUAUUUGGUGAAAUUGGUAAACCGGCACAAUGAGGAGGCGUUGUUGGACGAUGAACACCUAGUUCGUGACCGGAAGAUCUUUACAAAGCAGAUGCUACGCUCCUUCAUCAAAAAUACCGUUACACGGGAGUCGUGGACUGGCGCACCAUGGCUGGUUAAACCGCAUAUUGCUGAGGAAUACAGGAUCGAUACGGAAAUUCCAAAACACCUUCAAUAUGGAAAUAAGAUUGGAGGAAAGAAAGCAAAUGUGGCAGUGGACAAAGAAGAGGAUGAAAGCCUCUUUGGGUUCUUUUAUUCCAAACAGCGGUGGCCGAACUUGAAACCUGCCGUCAAGGGCCAGAAGACAAAAAUCACGGUGCGGGACCUGGCAAAGGCCAGAGAAGAUCAAUACUUAGAAUACCAGCGGGCGCUGAAUGAAAACCCUUCGUUUGCUGUUCCUGGGCACGUCGGUCCGGGAGGAGUGUGGCAGAUGCCUGGAGGUGACGCCAAUUUAUAUGCUAAUGUUUCCGUCGUCGUUCAAAAUGGGGUCGCCCCGCCACCUCCUCCACCUUCGAUUAAAUACCCGAUUGAAGAUUUAGAAAUCCCACCUUCUCGUGAUGCUAAACCACGACCCCCUUUGAAGUUCUUAACCGAUGAGCAGCAGGGCAAACCGGGGAUGGAAGACGGCCUCUUAAUUGGUUCCAUUAAGAUGGAAUCGGUUGGACCUAUGCUCGAAACCUGGAACACACUUAAUGUGUAUUGCGAGGUUCUCCAGCUCGACUCCUUCACGUUUGAUGAUUUCGUCGAGGCCAUAAUGUUUUCUUCGAAUGACGUCACAUGUGAGCUCUUUGUGGAAAUCCAUUGUGCCGUAUUGAAAACGCUGGUGAGCGGUGAGAAGGACCAAGAUGGUGCCAUUCAGAUCUCCCUUCCGCCCCUUCCUGAUGAACAAUCAGAGGAAGAGGAGAGUGGUGAAGACGACGAGGAAGAAGAAAAUGAAGAACCAGAACCCGAGCGAGAGCCAACACCGCCACGAAGAACGACCAGAAGCAGCUUUGCUAAGGCUGAAGCGGAAAAUCUGAAGCUGCAGCAACAACAGCAGGAAUCGCGGAGUCGUUCGAGUACAGCUGAGGUGCAGGUUCAUCGCGCAGCAGAGAUGUUUGGAGAGUAUGGCUGGAUUGAUCGGCUUCGGAAACGAGACUUCAAACAGGACUGUCCUACCGACCGCGGUUACAAAAGUCGUGCGAUGAGAUCCUGGCUCAUCUGGCACCCCUUGACCGCGAACACCACGCAGCAAACAGCACAAGAACAAUAUGUGACGCUCGACGUUAAUUUGCGAGUUCAAGCACUGCAGAUUAUCUGUAUGCUUCUUCUUGAAACGAAGGCGAUUAAGAACUACCUUGAAGAAUGCAGUAAUCAGAUGACUGAGUUUCGCAAGGAGAAGAUUGAGUAUCAACGUGCAAGGAAGGCGGCUCUGGAGGAAAUCCGACGAUUACACGAAGAGCGCAAACAACUACAACCUGAACACCCCCCUUCCCCUGUUCCUGAACUAGAAGAUCUUAACGACGUUAAAAUGUCUAACCUGGACGAAGCUGAAUCCUCCGAAGCCCCCGUCGACACGGACGACGAAGACGCACAUCCUGCCCGCUCCCUUCGUCGCGGUGCAGAUAGGGCCGCAGAGCGGAAACGGCGACAAGAAGAGGAGCGCGAGCGUAAAGAGCAAGCUGCCAAGAUCCCCAAGGGAUCAAAACAGUAUCAACGCGUGCUGAAGAAGAUCGACGAGGAAAAGGCCAAAGUGGCUUCUUAUGAGGAGCAGAUUGCCGUGUUGGAUAAUGACCUGCGCGAAGCAGAUUGUCCGCGCACACGCGUGUUGGGGAAGGAUCGCUUUUGGAAUCGGUAUUAUUGGUUCGAGAGGAAUGCGAUGCCGUAUGAAGGGUUGCCUAGUAGCUCGACGGCGGAUGCUGGAUAUGCAAAUGGACGAUUGUGGGUGCAGGGGCCCGACGAGAUGGAGAGGGAAGGGUUUAUCGAUUUGGGUGAUGAGGAUGAGGAGAAUUUGAGGUAUGUGCGGCGGUUCGGGAUGAGUGUUCGGAAACGGAAGGAAGUUGAGGAGGGUGAGAAGGGUGUUUCUGGGGCGCGCGAGUGGGGAUAUUAUGACGACCAGGAGGAGUUGGAAGGGCUUAUUGAGUGGUUGGAUACGAGGGGGGUGAGGGAGGCCAAAUUGAGGAAGGAGUUGCAGGUUUAUCGCGAAAGUAUUGCAAGGUAUAUGAGGAAUAGGGCGGGGUAUAUUGGGAAAGAGUUGGGCGGUGGAAAGGGGAAGAAGGACAAUGUAAAGGAUGAGGAGGAUGCUUCUCCUGCAGCAAUAGCUGAGGAGCAGCCCCAGCAACAGCGGCCGCAGCAGCCGACGAGAAUGUCCACCCGCACCAAAUCGGCCGUCGAUACCGAACGGCAUGGCAACGGUGAUCUAACGCGCAAAUACCGCUGUCUGCGCUGGACGAAUAGCACUGCAUUGAGUGAGAAUGGGCAUUUGCACGUUGAGCCUGCGCGGCCGACAAAGAAGGCGAAGAGGGGUGCGGUUGCGGAUGAGCAUCAUGAUGGGAAAGGGGAGGGGAAGGGGGCGGGUGCGGGUGCGGGUGCGAAUCGGCAGGGGAAGCUGCUGACGAGAUAA